AUGGGAAAAUUUGAUUAUUUGCUUAUAAAGGACAGUGACUCCGACAGUUCUGAGGGGCUGACCCAGCUCCCUCCGAUUCGUAUGGAGACCAGCAUCAGAACUGCCCAAGAUGCGGCUAUACCUGCGGUCACCCCCGUAGUGCCUGUGGUGGCGCCUACCACAGGGCUAUCUGUAAAUAGCUCAUCUAUACAUGUUGGACCCAUAUUUCGUCAUGAAUUGGUCUCAAUGCACGAAAUGAAAGCUCAUCCAGAUGACGUUAAGGCUUCUCCGUUACAAAACUUAAACACUCCCAAAGCUACUGAAUUCCCUUCGCAUGGCUCUCGACAAUCUGUAUCCAAGACACCUCUUAAUCAAAAUGACAUGCCAGAGGCACCUCCACUCCUUCAAGUGAGGAAUGCUUCCUUAAGUAACCGCAAAUCAUUUCCCAGAUCAGGUAGUGUAAAGGGUUCAGCAUAUUUUGUGGGUGAUGAGAACUCAAUUCAUCAGCAGCUGAACCGCCAGGUAAACGGCAAACGUACACUUGUAAAUACUUUUCGGGCACACAAUAGUCUAUCAAGUGAUAGCACAUCUGAGCACUUGCGUCCUGCCUCUCAGCGCAAUACUGACACACUAGAGUUAACAAUGGACUCAAUGCCACCGGGUCAUGAACCCAACAGGUGGAGUUCUUUGAAAAGCAGCAGUGAAGCUUCUGUGUGUAAGGCGAAUUUGGUUUCCCCAGUGCUUGAUGCAGCACAGGCUCCACCCUUGGCAAAUUUGCCCAGAUCGAGGAGAAUAUCUUCACCUAAAGUUCAUGACCGCAUGCUUAUUCCAGAUCAUCCAGGAGCCGAAGCAUCUUCGCUUAUUGUGCCUUCCGGAAUGAAUGCAGAUCCAGUGCCCAUUACAGCACCGGCUAACAGUGAUGGGGACCCUCACAUCACUUUUUCGUCGUCUGGACAUCUAGCUUAUACACCGCCACCGUCAGUGAUGGGAAAAGAAUCCAAAAUCCGCAGUGGAUGUGGCAUUUUUUCAUUUUGCAGGAAGAAGGUCGAACACACGACUCUGGAAGAUAAAUCUAGACCACCUGUGUCUACUGUAGACGACGAUGUGUGGGUGCAUGCGUUUGAUUCACAUUCCGUUCCACCCCCAAGUGACGAAGUUGCCCCAGCGGGCGCUCUAGAAAAUGCAUUGCCACAUCUUUCUCCAACUGGGAUGCUGGCAGAACAAUCGAUUCACACCAUCUAUGCGCUUGAAAGGGAACCAAGUCAACGCCGAACGUCAUUUCAGGAGGAGGAUGUGCGUGUUGAGUCGUUGGGACAGCUGCCCUCAGCACAUUUGCUCGUGCACAAUAAACUCUCCCCUACGAAUCAGCCUAAUAGACAUAUCUCCCCAACUUCACUGCAGCUCUCGACCUUGUCAUUAUUUGAAACGGACCAACAGCAGCAGAUGCUGCAAAAUGAAACAGUACCAGCCUUCGAAAAAUGCGAUCAGGUCGCUACGUGCGCUCAGGUGCAGGAUGUGUAUGACAAUAAGGAGGAUUCUAUGCACAGCGAGAGCGGGGCUCCAGUUGUGAAUCCAGAAAAGUCUGGCACUACGCAAGUCAACAACACUGCCUCUGGGGAAGAUUCGCUUCGGUUUUUACUCUCCUCUGGUGGUAACGAUGACAGAGUCUCUGGGAAUUUAGACGGAUCGAGAGGCCCAGCCCCUCAAAGCGCGGAUUGUCCCGCCUCACACCUCGAGCAUGUCAGCGGGGCUGCUGCGACACCCUGUAACGGGGACUCCAGUGCCGCCGCAGUGGCCCCUUCUGCUCCCCCUAUCCCAGAUAACCUAACCCCAAGCGAGGCGGGUGGGCUUCCCAGGAUGCACUCGAGACCAUCAUCGGAGGUGCUCUUUUUUCGCACAGACUCACUUCCAAGCAGCAAGGGUAGCGGUGAGGGGCCUCCGGUUAUGUGUGCCACUAAAUCCCUCGGUACCUCUACGAAGCCGAUUACAGACCAAAUGGGUGUUACAACGGAGGCACAUUACUUGAUCUCAUCGGGGGAGUCUACGCCAUUUACAAAUGACGAACAGUGUCAAAUAGGGGUAAAGGAAGUAGAAUAUGGUAUUCCCGAUGAUUUGGCUGGUCUACCUCUUUAUCAGCGUCGUAUCCUUCUCGAUUUACGUGAAGCAGAGCGGCGGGAAAUCGAGGAGGUUGCUAAAAACUGGCGGCAUCUUACCUUUCACCCAAGAAUCAACAAGUGCCCAACUCAAAUUUUAGAGUGCACUCAACCAUUCAGCGAACGGCUUAGCAAACCGCGGCAGCAGAAGUCCUCGAUACCGUCCCCUACUCCUGUCAGAAAGGCCUCCAUCUCGAAUAAAGUUCAUGGUCCACAUCGACAACCGGCCAAAAGAGGCUUAUCCUCUCAGCAACAGGUCCCAACCGUAUUCGAUCGACUUAUUAAGCGUCACUCUUCCACUGACACCAAUACCUUACGAGACCAGGCCCAUAAAGAGUUUACCUAUACACCAGAGAUCAGUGACUUGGCGAAGCGACACGUCUCUUCGUUGGAUGUUGUGUCGCGUCUCUACCCCCAACCCCCUCAAAAGCAUAAUGAUACUGGGGUAAAUGCUUCACCUCAACGGGUGGUGCCGAACGUUACCACACCAGAGUGUUCUAGAUCUGCAGGUAGAGCCAUCACCCCCGAUAUCCACAAAAAAAGUGUCUUCGAACGCCUUUACUGUCUGCAGAAGCCUCCAAAGAUCCUUUCUCAGACCUCACUACAACCUAUACGUAGGCUUUAUGCUUUCCGUGAGUCAGGAUCAAAUGAAGUUACGCAAUACCCAUAUGCAUAUGAUGAGAAUGGGAAUAAUAGUGAUGGUAUUGCAAGGCGUCUGUAUCUAAAUAUUAGGAAUCCACAGGAUCGUUGUCAUCAUACGCCAUUCUACUCUAGUGAUACUUCUACAACAUGA